AUGACGACCUCCUUUGACAAAAAUUCCGCCAUUGUAUCCCUAAAGGACUUGGGUUACCCCAAGAUCCUUGACCACCUAGAGAAAGGCGCACUCGCUGAAACCGCCAUACUCUCCCCUGACCAUUUCCUUGAGAUCGACACCAUCCUCGGAAAUACUGAUGUUAGAACCACCGCCACCACGUCGCUUGUGAAUGUAGUAAGUCGUGAAGACCCGGAUGCAGCAAGCAGAGCACUAGCGGUGCUGCAACUCCAGAAGACAAUUCGCGCUAUGGCACUUCACCUACUCCCAGACAACUUCACCGAUACCAUUGCGCUCGCCACCAAGAGAGUAGGAGAAAAGAUCGAUAGACCUGUGCGCACACUUAAGAGAAAGAAAGCCACGGUUGACCACACCUGCAUCUGCCUUCGAUGCGGAGGAUAUGGACACACCUUCAGAAAAUGUCCAGAUUAUGUUUGCUGUGUCUGUAGUGAACUUGGACCGGACCACCUAUCGGUCCAUUGCCCUCGACUCAACGGAGAGAUCCAACUCCAAGAGUUUAUUGAUGACGAGAAGUUCUUUGAGACUCUCAUAGACUGGGAGAAGAACCACAUCGUCCUUGAAGCACUCAUUGCUCAGAACCCACUACCACGUUCACCGACCCCUCACUCCUGCACCAUGACACCCGCACCCUCCACUCUUGGAGAGGAGAAGAACGAAGAUUGUUGA